CAUUUCCAAACGCACAAUCUCCAUAUGCUACUAUCCUCCUCUGUUAGCACAGGGGUCCGAUCGCCAACAUGGCUUUGCCCUUUCUUCCUGGAAAUACUUUCGACAGGAAUAUAGGAAAAGAAAAAUUUCACAAGUCUCAUUACUUUAACAACAAAGGCGGAAUAUCUUAUCAGUUUGGUGUGGAUAAACCCGGUAUUGGCGGUGAACGGUUACCAGGGCAAAGAAUUGAUCCACCCACAAGCAAAUAUCCCGAGUCUAUUGGACUUCGACUACCUUCGUGGCUUGCUUUUGAUAAACAGGUGUUAUCAUUCGAUGCAUAUUUCCAAGAAUCCGUGACUGAGAGAAGAGAAGAGCAAUACCGCAUAAGGCGAUGCAAGAUCUAUUUUUACCCAGAAGAUGACACAAUUCAAGUCGUAGAGCCACGUUAUGCAAACGCUGGUAUUCCACAAGGUACCAUCAUUCGUCGACAUCGGAUAGCAAAGGCACCGCCAAAUGAGCAUCUGUACUACACUGUGGACGAUUUUAAUAUUGGAAACGAGUUCACAGCGUAUGGGAAGACUUUUCGCAUAGUCGGAUGUGAUCCGUUUACCGCGUACUUCCUUCGCAAGCUAGGUGUCCGCUUGGGAGACCCGGAGCCGAUUCCGGAUGAUCCGUACACCGUUCACCGUAAAGCUUUUACAGAAUCAAUGCAACCGUUGAGACCAUAUGAGAGGGUUGACAAGCUGAAACAGUUUCUGUAUCAUGAUCGUCACGUGCUCCGAUUCUACUGCUUCUGGGACGACACAGAAUCGUUAUACGGAGACCCGCGGAGCAUGAUCCUUCACUAUUUUUUGGCCGACGAUACUAUCGAGAUCCGUGAGAUACUCCAGGCCAACUGCGGUCGUGAUGGUGGUUCAUGUUUUCUACGUCGACAGAAGCUGCCGCGUGGUGUGGUCCCCAUUCCACUGCCUGGAGUGGUCACGGACAGAACACUGUUAAAUGUGUUUGGGCACCCACAUAGAGGUGGGCGCUACAUACUGGAUAGCCUCAAGCUGGGGGCAGCCAAGGAAGAUUUCUACACUGAUCGGGAUCUGACGAUCGGAGCCAGCCUCAAUGUGUAUGGCCGUAAAUUCCUCAUUUGCGACUGCGACGAGUUCACCAAAGAGUAUUAUCGCACAAAAUAUGGUUUAACCGAUUUCACUCCAGUGAAACCCCCGAUACAAGAUAACCGAGUGACAAUAACGCGUGAAAAUCCUCCAUAUAACGGCUGGGGAUCUGAGGAAGACUCUUUGGCCAAUUGCAAAAGCAUCAUACCAGUUGCACCAAAGGGUGAUUUUGUCAAAUUUAUGACCAAAGAUAAACAGGGCCUCGAAUCUUUCGUGUUACGUUUCUACGCCCGCCUGGUUACCGACAAGGUACUAGAUCGUGAUCGCCUGUUUGUCAUCUCAUGUUACCUGGCGGACGACAGUUUCUCCAUUUUCGAGCCACCAAUACGCAAUUCCGGUUUCAAAGGUGGCUUAUUUCUGAAACGAGGCCGGAUCAAGAAACCGAACUUUGAGCGUUUCAGUUCCCAACCUCCGUGCUACUAUCAACCGGCGGAUCUGUAUGUAGGUGGUGUGUUCGAGACGAAUGGAUUUAAGUUUGAGCUAAUCGACGCAGACGAGUACGCUCUGGAUUAUAUGGAGAAGCACUGUACUGAAUUUCCUUAUUCCGAUAUCAAGUUGAUUCACGAGAAACUGAAACCAUUCGCUAAAGACAGAUGUGAGGAGCUGCAGGCAUUUGGCCGUAAUCAGGAUCCAGAUGCGACUGGAACGUUUACCUACGCACAGCUGAAGUGUCUGAUAGACCAGCUAACUGGAACGGAGCAGACAUUGAACGCGCAGGAGAUGAUCACUUUGGGAAGACACUACGCUCACCGCUCCGCCAGUCAGAGUGGAAAAGUCCGUUACGAAAUAUUCCUACAGCAUCUGAAUUGGCGAUGUGAGAAUACUGAAGAGCCACCUGAGGUCCCGUGUGAUUACACCGGUAAUUUGCCGGUGGACUGGUUGUCGACAAGCAAAGGACUUCAACCGAGAUCACUUGGUCAAACGUAUUUGCCACAAUCGGACCGCAUCGACCGAAUCCGCUAUCAGCCCUUGUUCGACGAAUUGUGUGGUGUGGAUAACCGCUGUGGUUGAAAGCAACAAGUUAAAAUUAGCCAAGAGAAACCCCCGCAAGCUGGAACUUCCUUCUCUCCUACCCAGCGCUGUGACCAAACUUACCCUCUAGUUUUUUGAUUACUGAGGUCCAGUUCGCUAGCCUGCAUUCACAAUGACGAUGUGCAGAAAGCUAUACGAAGUUGGCAAAAAUCUAGCAGAAUACCAUAUACACGAAAGGAUGUGUGCUUCUUAUUCGCUUGAACAAAUUAAUUAGAAACACGCGUUGGUCACUUAACAGUCCAGGUCGAAUCAAAACAACACUUCUUACACGUCGGAAAUUCAGUGUCAACACGCAAAUGGUAAAGCAAACCAUGCAUAUUUACAUUCUCGACUAAAUUUUCAAAGUAAAACCUGUGCCACAUUUGCGUCAAAUGCC